CAAAAUUCAAUAUAAAAUCACCAACAAUUAGAAAUAAAAGAUAAAUAAAUUGGAGAAAAAAAAAGAAAAAAAAAGGAAGAGAGAGAGGCAAAGGCAAAGCUUGGAAGAUUGAAACCCAGUGAGUGAGGUUCGAGAUUUGUGAGCAAUUCGUGAACUUUGCGAAGGUCAGAGUUCAAUCAAUUUUUGAUCUCUUCUCAUCUACUUCGAAUUUCGGAAUUCGAAGUUCGAAGGCACAGAAUUCGGCGAAACAAUGGGGGUUUAAAUUGGUGCAGUGGUGUAAUGUUCGCUUCGCGUUGUUCGACACGACAAUGGUGUUUCGGGCCCGGGUUUGGUGAUUCAGACUUAGGGUUUUGAUAUGCCAUUCAAUUCGAUGAAUUCGAGUUUGAUUUGGGGGUUUUCGUGCUCGGAGUUGGGGAGUUUUGUUGCUGUUUGAUCUCUAGGGUUUUGGUGGGAGGAAGAUGGGAUUUGGCUUUGCAUUGCAUGUUCUGUUCGUUUGCUGAAUUUGGGUUUUUUUGGGGCGUAAGGGUAACCCUGUUUUUGUGCAGAAUUGCAAGUUUGACUGUGGGUUACUCUGCCAUUAGUAUCACUCGUACAUCUGGUGUUGAUAUAUGUACGAAUUGUAGUUAUCUGAUUAGGGAAUUGGAAUAAGGUUGAUAUGGGGGAGGGGAAGUUUAGUGUUAUUUGGAAACGAAAAGAGCUGCAAUUUGGUUCAAAUUGAGGCUUCUGCUGUUUUUUUUUUUUUUUAAUUAUUAUUAUUUGUUGGGUGUUUUGUGAAUCUGUUGGUGAGAAAUGCAACCCCAGCAGAGCUCAAGAAUUGAUUUGGGUGAAUUGAAAGCACAGAUUGUAAAGAAGCUUGGAGCGGAUAAGUCAAAGCGGUACUUUUAUUGCUUGAACAGGUUUUUGAGUCAGAAACUGAGCAAGACUGAGUUUGACAAGUUUUGUUUCCGAGUGCUUGGGAGGGAGAAUCUUCCAUUGCACAACCAUUUUAUAAAGUCAAUUUUGAAGAAUGCCAGCCAAGCCAAGAUCCCACCACCAAUCCAUCCGUCAGGUCCCCAGAAGUUUGGAGAACAUGCGUCAGACAUAUCUCCUGGUAGAGAAGAUGGGCACGAACAGAGUGUUGGCAGCUUCCACACUCAGAAUCAAAAAGCUCCCGUUUGGUCAAAUGGGAUUUUGCAGGUAUCCCCUAAGGUUAGGCCUGGCAUACGUGAGCGGAAGCUGAGAGAUAGACCAAGCCCUCUUGGACCAAAUGGGAAGGUUGAUUCUGUUUCUCAUCAAUCCAUGGGUACAGAAGAUUGUGGUAGUAAGGUUGAUAUGGAGAACGGAAUUCUUACUCCUUGUGAUUAUCAGACACCUAUGCAGCAUCUUCAAGCAGUUGCUGAGCUACCUGAGUAUGAAAGAGGAGAUGCUGAUCGGCGACCUGUAGAAAAGCCAAGAAUACAUGGGAAAGGGCCAGCUGAAAUGUCAGUUGUUGAAGACGGGGAAGAAGUGGAUCAGUUAAAUCGCUUUGGCCUUUCUAAAAGUCCCUUGAUAGCACCACUUGGGAUUCCUUACUGCUCAGCAAGUGUAGGAGGAGCCCGCAAGGCAUUGCCAGUGAGUAGUGCUGGCUAUUUUGAUAGUUGUUGUGACAGUGGCAGGUUGUCUGAUACAGAAACACUCAGGAGGCGCAUGGAUCAGAUUGCUGCAGUACAAGGUCUUGGAGCCAUUUCUAUGGAAUGUGCAAACAUGUUGAAUAAUAUGUUGGAUGUCUACUUGAAACGGUUGAUCAGGUCUUGUGUUGAUUUAGUUAGAGCUAGGUCUACAAAUGAGCCGAGAAAGACCCCUGCCCCCAGACAGCAGAUGCAGGGUAAGGUCAUCAAUGGUAUGUGGCCAAACAAUCAUUUACACGUGCAGUGUGAUGGUGCGUCAGCAGAAGCUGUGUCAGAACAUAGACCACCAUGCUUAGUUUCUUUGCAUGAUUUUAAAGUUGCCAUGGAACUAAAUCGACAGCAACUCGGAGAAGAUUGGCCACUGUGGUUGGAAAAAAUAUCCAUGCAGUCGUUUGAAGAAUAAAACCUUCAUGAAAAUUUGUCUUCUAGUUCCAAUGGCUCAGCAAUGGUUGAUCAGUGGUCCUGUUCUGUGUUGGUAUGAGCCGGAGGGUGACAAAUAGAUUCUUCUAGCCCUUUCAAGAUGAAAUAUUGAUUUUGAUCUUCAAAGCAUCUUAUCUCUGGAUUCUCUGCUAUUUGUAGGGCUCGAAUAGGUCAGAUUUAUUUAACUGCAACCAAGGGUACCAUCAAAUCAAACCCAUGAUUGGUUGCUCUGUUGUAUGUUUUUAGCAUUUAUGUUGGCUGUAUUUGCCAUUGCUAGAGAUCUUGAUGCUUUUGUAUGCAUUACAGCCAAUGAGAAAAGAAAGAACUAAGGAAGUUUUGCAGGGAUACUGUUGUGUAGCUGGGUUCAAGGAACUAUGACUUGUAUAAGAGCUGCAGGGUCGCUCUGUAUGUAUUUUUAAAAUCUGAGGAUUGAUUGAAAUUCAAUAUCAAUAACACAUUAACAUCUAUUGAAAA